AUGGGGGGGGGGGAGUGGGUGGGGGGGGGGGGGGGUGUGGGACGGGGGGGGGGGGGAUGGUGCGGUGGGGGGGAGUGGGGGAGGCGGCAGGGGGGGGGCGGGGAGGGGUUGGUGGGGGGGGGUGGGGGGGGGGGGGUGGGUGGGGGGGGGGCUCGGGGGGGAGUUGGGGGGGGGGGGCGGGUGGGGUGGGGGGGGUGUAGGGGGAGGGGGGGGAGGUGGGGUGCGGUUGGGGGCGAGGGGUGGGGACGGGACAGGCGCGGUGGGGGGUGGCGGCGGGGGGUGGAGAGGGGGGAGGUGGCUGGGAUGGUGGGAGGGGGAGCGGGGACGUGGGUGGGGGGGGGGGGGGGGGCGCGGUGGGGAAAGGGGAGUGGGGGGGGAGGGGGUGGGCGGGGGGUGGGGUGUGGUGUAGGGGCGGGGUGUAGAGAGGGGCUGGUUGGUAUGUUUGGGUGUAGAGUGGGGGGGGGGAGGGCGGGGGUGGCGGGGGGCUGGGUGAGGGGGGGGGGCGCGGGGGGGGGGAGGGGUGGGGGGAGGGGUGGAGGGGGAGGGGGGCGGGUGGAGGGGUGGGGUGGGCGGGUGGGGGGUGGGACGGGGGUCGAGCGGCGUAGGUGGGGGGGGGGGGGGGGGGGGCGUGGGGGGGGGCGGGGGGAGGGGUGGGGUAUGGGGUGGGGGGGGGGAGCGGGCUGGGAGGGAGGCGGGGGGGGGGAGCGGUGUUGGGAGGGGGGGAGAGGGCUGGGAGGGGUGGGAGGGAGGGGGCGCGGUGGGGGGUGGGGUGUGGGGUGUGUUGUGGGUUGGGGUCAGGGUUGGGGCGGGGGGGUGCGUGGGGCCGUGGGCGUUGGGGAGAUUGGGGGGGGGUGGGGGGGGGGUGCCGGGGGAGGAGGGGGUUGUGGUGUGCGGGGGGGGGGGGGCUGGGGGGUGGCUUUGGUGGAGGGGGCUGUUCGUGGGGUGGGCGGGGGGGGGUGGUGGGGGGGGGGGGGCGGGGGGGUGAGGGGGGGAAGGGGGGGUGGGGUGUUUGGGGGGGGGGGGGGUGGGGGAGAGGGGACGGGAUUGGGAGGGGUGGUGGGUGGGGGGGGGGGGGGAAUCGGGGGAGUGGGGGGGUGGGGGGGGGGGCGAGGGGGGUGGCGGGAGGGGGGUGGGGGAGGGAGUUGGGGUGAGGGGGGGGGCGGGGGAGGGCCGGUUGGGGGGGGGGGGGGGGGGUUGGGGGGGGGGGGGGGAGGUCAGAUGGGGGGGGGGGUGGGGGUGUUUGUGGGGGAGGGGGGGGGGUCGUUGGCGGGGGGUGGGGGGGGGGUUGGGGGCGGGUGGAGGGAGGGUUGGGGGGAGGGGGGGGGGGUGGGGGGGGGGUGGGGAGGGGGGUGGGGGAGGAAGGGGGGUGGGGGAUGGGGGGGGGGGGGUGGGGGGGUGAUGGGGUGCGCGGGUGGGGGGGCGGGGUGUGGGAUGGGAGGGGGGGGGGGCGGGGGGAGUGGGUAG